UUCGGUUUCUUCUUAAUGGUGGUUCUCUGCAAUGUCACGCAUUUCCUUUUAAGGCCCUUUUCACAACCUCGUAUCACCUCUGAUACCAUUAUAGGGAUGCUCAUUGGCAACUUAGGCAUCGUACAUUCCUUAAUUGAUAAAUCAGCUCAGACUUUGCGUUUCAUAAUCGAUUUUGGGAUGAUAUGCUACAUGCUUGUGUUGGGUAUAGAAAUGGAUCCAUAUGUGCUCUUUAAAGUUCCAACUCGGGAUGCUAAAGUGGCCUACGCUGGAAUGCUCUCCACAUUCCUCCUAGCCUGCUUCCUAACCCCAUUUCUUAAUCAUACACACGGAUUUAAGAUACACUUCACCCUCACCCUCUCCACUGCCCUCUCCGGCACUGCCUCCCCUGUCCUAACCCGCAUAAUUACCAAUUGUAAAAUAGGCAAGUCAGACAUCGGCCGGCUUGUGAUUGCUGCAGGAAUACACUCUGAUUUUAUAACCACUCUUCUCAUUUCCAUUGGCUAUAUUGUAUGGCCAAACAGAGAAAAACCUUCAGGUAAGAGUCGACUUCAAGAAGGCAUAGAGAUGAGUUCUGCACUAGUUCUCCAAACAGUGAUCACUGCCAAAGUUUCACCCAUUAUUAUGAACUGGGUUAACAAUGAAAACCCUGAAGGCAAACCCAUGAAGGGUUCACACCUAGUGCUCUCACUUGCCUUCAUGGGCUUGGUAUGCUGCUGCUCGCCUGCGUACGGGUACAGCCCCAUACUUAGUGCCUUUAUGGCGGGGAUUUUCUUGCCCAGCGAGGGGAGAGUAUCAAAAUGGGUUAUUAACAAAGUCAACUACUUGUUAACUACCAUUUUCUAUCCAAUUUUUUUCAUCUGGAUGGGGUUUGAAGCUGAUUUCCGAGAGUUUCAACCUGGCCAAAUAGGAACUUGGACACGCCUAGUUCUACUCUUUGUGAUAACGACAGCUGGGAAGGUAACUGGAACAGUCAUCUCAGGGGUGAUGCUGGGGUUUCAUUGGCCGGAGUCAGUUGCACUUGGGUUGCUUCUCUCUACAAAGGGCCAUUAUCAGAUCUACUUGGCUAUUGCUGCUAGAACUGCUGGUACCACAUCAACUACAACCAGUAUUGUGAUGGUAAUUGCAAUCUUUUUCACUGUUGUGCACACCCCAUCAGUUGUUGCGCAUAUCAUCAAACGUGCAAGGAAACGCGCACCAACUCAUCGAAUGGCACUUGAAUGGCUUGACCCAUCAAAAGAGCUCCGAAUCUUGGUGUGUGUUAACGGGCCUCAAAAUGCAUCUGCUGCCAUUAACUUCAUGGAGAUCUCUCGAGGCGCAGCUGACCCUGGAAUAGAGGUGUAUGUCACUGACAUGAUCGAACUCACAGACCAGAUAGCAGCCACACUUGUGCAAGGUGAUGAUGGAGUGAACACGUUGGCUGUGACUGACGAGUCAGUGACAGACUUGAGAGAACAAGUAACUACUGCAGUUCAAGCCUAUGCAGAUAUGAGUGGUGAUGGUGUCACAGUCAAGCGAAUGCUUGCACUCUCCACGAUCAAUGGCAUGCCCCAGGAGAUUUGCAAUUUGGCAGAGAACUUGAUGGUAGCACUCAUCAUAUUGCCAUUUCACAAGAGCCAGCGUGCAGAUGGAAGAUUGGAUGCAGGCCAUUCAGGGUUCAGAUAUGUGAACCGCAAGGUUCUCAGGAGUUCCCCAUGUUCAGUGGGGAUUCUGGUGGACAGAGGUCUUGGAUUGAUAGAAAAAAUAUCAGGAGCACAUGUAUCUCUCAAUGUUGCAGUUAUUUUCAUUGGUGGCAAAGAUGAUAGAGAAGCACUAGCCUAUGCGGGGCAUGUAGCACGACAUCCUGGAGUAAAACUCACGGUAAUAAGAUUCUUAGUGGAUGCCAAUUCAGAGAAUGCAUCAAGAAGAGCAGGCAACAAUAGGGUCAAAAUUGCAGAGCAGGAAGAGGAAAUGAAACUUGAUGAUGAGUGCUUUGCUCAGUUUUAUGGAAGACAUGUUGCAGGGGGGCACGUUGCAUAUAUGGAGAAGCAUCUUAUAAAUUCAUCUGAGACCUAUUCUACUUUAAGGUCAUUGGAAGGGCAGUAUGCACUCAUCAUUGUAGGACGAGGGGGAAGGGUAAACUCAGUAUUGACAGUGGGAAUGAAUGAUUGGCAGCAGUGUCCAGAAUUAGGUCCUAUAGGAGAUGUUCUUUCGGGUUCUGAUUUCUCAGUGAAGACAUCGGUUUUGAUCAUUCAACAACACAACGUAAAAGGAAAACUAGAUGGACUUGAAGAUGACUUCUCGAUUAUGUAAAUGUCAAACUAA